UCCUUCACGAAAUGGCGACUUUGACAAGUACCGAUUAUUCUAAUGAUUUCGACGUUAAUUGGUAUUUUGACACAUAUUAUUCUGCAGUUGCUGGGGGUCAUGAAGAAGGAGACUUCUUGACCUUUAUAUUAUUGGCACUGCAUGAUAUUUUUGAUGCAGGCAAUGUCCAUGGAAACAGUUUAUUGGAUAUAGAUACUGGUCCAACAAUUCACACCGUCAUUAGUGCAUGUCCAUACGUACAAAAUAUAGUACUAUCGGAUUAUUCAAAAGUUAAUAGAGAAGCCUUGGAGCAUUGGAAAGAUGACAAAUUACAGACCGGGAGUGCAUUAUGUAAAUUUGUACUAGGCCUUGAAGGUGGAAUGAUUCACGUUGUAGUCGGGGUAUUAGAUCAGACAUUUUACAGAGUUGGUAAUUUCAGGUUUUCUUGUUUAAAAAUAACCGAGUCUAAUUAA